AUGGACGCAGAUCUCAGCGUUGAGGAAGCGGCUAACAACCUCAAUGUCCAGAUAAUAGCUAGUGCUGCAGUGACAGCCCCAGCUAUUGCUCAUAUGUGUGCGAAAUACAUGAAACAGCCGUUGGAUGAACAGAAUUCUGUCAGAUCCGAGCUAAAUCAUUACUUCAAGAAAUGGACGAGUGGUAUACCUCCAGCCUUGAAUCGGAAUGCACAUCCAUAUUCGUCAGCACUCAUCAAUGAGUGUUUACGUGUCUGUCCUCCCGCAGCAUUCUUCAGGGAAAAGGUGUGUCUAGGUGCGGCUAUGCAGGAUCCAAAGAUAUUUGGCGACCAAGCAGAUGAGUUCGACCUAUCUCGAUGGUUGAAGUCCGACAUAAAAGAUCUCCAACGCAUGGAAGACUUUCUUGGGCUUGUUCUUGGCUCUGGCAUGUCUGAAUGUCUGGGGAAAAGGACCGCGCUCCUGGAAAUGUCGCGCUCCCUGUACACGACGGCCCAGUACAGAUAUCAGAUAGUGAAUUGGGCAAAAUUCGCUCGCUUUUCGAAUAAGGGCGUCCAAAGAGUCACAGAUAUGCAUGUGCGUGUCUCGAGACUUGGAGACAGCAUAACGCCGGGUCUUCCGGCACAGACUCUUAUCGGCACUCUACAUUGA